AUGUUAAUAUUUGUUCGUGGUUUAUCGGGCAAUGUAUGCCCUAUUCAUGUGAAUCCAUACGAAAAUGUUCUAUCCGUAAAGCUUAGGAUAUUUUAUUUGAAAAGUAUACCUAUUCACGACCAGCAUUUAUUAUACUCCGGUAUUGAACUGCUGGAUCAAACAGUAUUAUCUACUGCAAAUAUCGGUCAUGGAGCAUUAUUACGUCUAAUUGUCAAAUUAAGAACUGGUCCACUGGUGAUUACACAUCAUUCAUGUAAAGCCUCUACACCGACAAUGAAUCAAAAUGGACAUAAUAACAAUAAUGAUAAUAAUAAUAAUAAUGGAUCUAUACCAUAUAUACCUAACAGUGACCAUACUGAAGAAUCACAAUGGCUUUCCGCAUUAUUAUCCCCUCUGUCACAAGUAGCCACCUUGUCCACCUCUGCGUCGACUAUCUUCUUACCAUCGAUAUAUUUACCCCCAGGAGUUGUUGAUGUCAACAAAUCAGAACCAACUUCAAAUCAUACACUAACUGAAUACUACAAGAACUCCGACAAUGAUGUUGAUGAUGUCAAUUAUGAAGGAUACGAUGAUGAAAUUAGUCAGAUAGCUGAAUAUCUUGGUUAUGCAAUCGAUGAAACGGAACAGUAUCAUUCAUUAAUUGAUUAUCCUGUUGUGCUGAAUGAAAAUCAAAUGAUGAACAGUAUUCAAAACGAAAGCGGUGAUGAUCAGAAUGACCUUGACUAUUGUCAUCUUAAUCAACUACAACACCAACAACAACAGUUCAAAUGUACGGUAGCAUCAAGUGGUGAUUUCCCACAAUAUCUAACAAUACUAAGUGCUGAUUUCCACAACUCUUCUGAAAAUAUACAUCCAACGAAUACUUCUAAAUGCUUUCAUGGAUUCAACGCUAUUGAAGUACCAUCUGAACGUUGUCAAUCAGCUAGUUCACUGCUUACAUCGACAACAACAACUGCUAUCGAUACUGCCGCCGCCUUGAAUUUAUCUUCAUCACCAUGUCAGCUUAAAUGUAAUAAUUCACAUUCGAGUUUAAGCAAAACAUGUUCAUCUUCAUUUUACGUGGACUGUAUUCAUCCUGCUGUUUCAUCAUCAUCGGUUACUACUGUUGAUAAUGACAAUCUAUUGAAGGAUCAUUGUUCCAAUUCAAACAGUCCGAUAGCCGAUACCAAUUCCGUCGUAGAAACAUCUUGUGUUACUGCUGUCAUUAGUGGUUUGAAUAAGUUACAAAGUCAUUCGUCAACAAUUCCGACCGGUAAUUAUCCUUUCCGUUUUGAUGAUAUAAUGAAAGCGGAGAGUGGUGUCAAUGGAUGGGUUAGUUCACCUUAUUUAACAACCAAUAAUGAUUCAUCAGUGGUAAAAGGUUCAUUCAACCCAUCACCAGUGAAUAGUAAACAUAAUGAUAGUAAAAAUGCUGAACAAUUAUUCAAUCCAAUUAUAUUGGAUAGUGCUGUGACAAAAAUGACUAAUACAAUUUGUGAACAAUCAGAUAAUCAAACGCACCAUACAUCAAUUCCAAAAUAUCAUCAUCAUCCUAGUUACAGUAGUAGUCAAGAGUCUAUCGCUAAUGAAUGUGUACUAAAGGAUGAUGGUAGCAGUCAUUUAAUUGAUCGACAAACUGGUUUAAAUUCAAAUUCCAAUAAUCUUCAGGGAUUGUCUCCUUCAUCGUCAUCAUCGAAUCUUACAUCUUCUCCUUCUCAGUCUUCUUCCUCCUGUACAACACUGACACAUUCGAACAGAUCCAGGUGUCAUGAGUGCAAUAGACGAACACGACUGGCCUGUGGUUUCAGUUGCCGUUGUGAACGAUGGUUUUGUGCAAGGCAUCAUCACCCUGAAGAUCAUCAGUGCAAUUUCAACUUUAAAACUAUGGUGAAUUCAGCUUAA